GGCCAUUCAAAACCCUAAUCAGAGAGCAUAGUUUCCUCACAUCUUCAUUCUCUCUCAGUCGCAGCCGCAGCCCCUCUGCUCGCAUCUGAGAGCCAAGAUGAAGUUCAACAUCGCCAACCCCACCACUGGUUGCCAGAAGAAGCUCGAAAUCGACGAUGACCACAAACUGCGUGCAUUUUUUGACAAGAGAAUCUCCCAGGAGGUCAGCGGCGAUGCUCUUGGAGAGGAAUUUAAGGGAUAUGUCUUCAAGAUUAUGGGAGGAUGUGACAAGCAAGGGUUUCCAAUGAAGCAGGGAGUGUUGACCCCCGGCCGUGUUCGCCUCUUGCUACACAGAGGAACCCCUUGCUUCCGUGGUUAUGGAAGGAGGAAUGGUGAAAGGAGGAGAAAGUCUGUUCGUGGUUGCAUUGUCAGCCCUGACCUUUCUGUUUUGAACUUGGUGAUUGUGAAGAAGGGUGAAAGUGACCUUCCUGGAUUGACUGACACCGAGAAACCUAGGAUGAGAGGUCCCAAGAGGGCUUCUAAGAUCCGUAAACUCUUCAAUCUCUCAAAGGUUGAUGAUGUUCGGAAGUAUGUCAACACAUACCGCAGAUCAUUUACAUCAAAGACUGGCAAGAAGGUGAGUAAAGCUCCCAAGAUUCAGAGACUUGUCACCCCCCUGACCCUGCAAAGGAAGCGGGCAAGAAUUGCAGACAAGAAGAAGAGGGUUGCUAAGGCCAAGUCUGAGGCUGCUGAGUACCAGAAACUCCUUGCCUCAAGAUUGAAGGAACAAAGGGAUCGACGAAGUGAGAGUUUAGCCAAGAAGAGGUCCAGGCUUUCUGCUGCCUCAAAGCCAUCUAUUGCAGCAUAGAUGUGUGUUAAGUCAUUGAGUUUUGGUUAAAGUAUGGAUGUUACUGCAUUUUCUUCGUAUGGUUUUUCAGUUUUUGUGGUACCUAAUGACUGCUUAAAGUGCUUUCUCUUUUGCUGUUGAGUUUAUUGGAUUUUUCACUAUGAAAGCUUUUCCCUUUUGAUUAAUAUAUUGGAGCUUUCUAUUCAGUA